UAUCGCAAUAAUUCGCUGUAUCUAACAACAAGGCACUUUAUUUAGCGCAAUGAUUUGUUAAAUUUAACACUAAGAAGACUUAAUUAUCGCAAUAUUUGCUAUAUAUAUACCACAAGUCGCCUUAUUUAUGGCAAUAUUUCGUUAUAUCUAACAACAAGACGUCUUUGUUAUUGCGAUGAUUUUAUUCUGUAAAACAGUACCACUUAAUUAACGCGAUUUACGAUUUUUUUCGCUUUAAAUUUCGGAAGUUAAAGCUAAGUCAUCAUAAUUAUGGCGAUAGCACAUUUCAAUUUACAUAUGUAGCGUGAGCAGCCAUUAAACGGCCAUUUUCGUUAUGAUCAACACCCGAUCAACCAGACCAUUUUCUCCCGUAUGAAUUCUUUUGACUAGAGAAGGCUACAUUCAAAGGAAGCUACCCCUCAUUCUGAACAAUGCUUUUGAUGGUACUUGCUCUUCUCCUGUUCUGCAAGGCCAGUGCUAUUCCAUAUCCAGACAUAGAUGCAUCAUUAGACGAACUAGUUGUAUACUAUACAAGUUUUUCGUUUACAACAAAAGAAGUACUCGGGUUUUUACUAAACAUACAUCAUAUAAUGCUGAGCGAAAGAUCAUUUUAUAGAAUUAAAAAACGUUUGAGAUUGCAAAAAAGAGGAGUUGAAAGUGCUAUUGCUGAUAUUGUUACAAAAAUUUUACAGUUAAGAAAUGCAGGAUAUACCAAUAUAGGUUAUCGAUCUUUAUGGAAUGUACUUCGCUGCCUAGGCGUAAGAGCUUCUCAACACACGAUUAGGAUAGUUUUGAAAGCUAUUGACGGAGUCGGCGUUUUAAGGAUACAAAGACAUAGGCUUACAAGAAGACGAUACACAAGUAACGGACCGAGCUUUUGCAUCCACGUCGAUGGAUAUGAUAAGUUAAAGCCGUUUGGAAUAUCUGUCCAUGGUGGAAUCGACGGUUUUUCAAGAAAGAUACUUUGGCUGAAGGCUACAAGUUCAAAUAAAAAUCCCCGUAUAGUUGCAGGACAUUUUCUUGAGUAUUUGAAGACAAGCAAGAGGGUUCCAAGGGUAGUACGCAUGGAUGCAGGAACUGAAAAUGUUAUAGUUGAACGUAUUCAAAUAGCUUUGAGAUCAUUUCAUACUGAUAGCAUGGCAGGACAUAGAAGUGUUUCAAUAGGAAGAUCAACGGCCAACCAAAAGAUCGAAAUGCUAUGGAGUUUUCUGAUGCGAAAUUUCACAACAUUUUGGAGGAAUUUGUUUAAAGAUAUGGUAGAUGAAGGUAUACUAAACAAUGCCGACCCUGUGCAUCUUGAAUGCAUACGGUUUUGUUUCCUACCACUUAUUCAGAGACAUUUAGACAUGUUUCUACAAUCAUGGAAUUCACACAGAAUAAGAUCUCAAAGAAAUGUUGAAUGUCCACAUGGUAUACCUGACGUUAUGUACUACCAACCUUUUAUUUACGAUAAAUAUGACUGCUCUUAUGAAUUGCCGUGCGACAUAGUUGUAUUGAAUUACUUAACUGAUAUAUACACGGAUGCUGUUCUACCUAGAGGCACUAAAGAAGAAUUUAGACAAUUAAUAAAUACUCUCACGUUUUUAGAUAUCGAAGAAUUCGAUGUCAUUGAAACUCCAACACAGGCCAAAGAACUGUUCAACUUAUUAUCAGGCGUAAUAUCACAACAUUUGUUAAAUCGAUAGACAUUUACAGAUUUAACGUUUAUUCAUCAUGAUAAUUAUCGGUUAUUUCACCAUGUUGUCGAAUAUAUGGACCCGAAUAUAUACGCGCAUAAGAUAUUUGAUAUGUUGAUGCAAAG